AUGAUCGCAAAUAUAAGCUUCGGUGUUAAACUAGAAGAUCGGUAUGAAUGGAAAUAUGUUGAUUAUGUGUGGAAUAAUUUUCAAAGACAGGAAGUGAUAAAAUCUGACAAUUAUGACCCUAGCAAGAAUAUUUUAUUUGACGUAGACGAAGCAUCAGAUGGUAGAGUAUUCGUUACUGUAGUAAGAGAUAAAGGAGUACCAGCAAGUGUAAUGACAGUAAGUGAUGAAAGAGGACCGGGAGGUCCACUUUUGUCUCCGUAUCCAAAUUGGUCAUGGUAUAAUGACACUACUGAUUGCAAUAACAAUAUUAUAAGUAUCAAAUGUAAUCACCUUUUCGUUCUGGACUUUGGAAGGAAAGAUGGACUCCAAGGAGAUAAAGUUUGUCCUUCGAAACUAUUGAUCUUUAAUUUAGAAAAUGAUAUGCUCGUUGAUCGUAUUAUUAUUCCAUCUAACAUUGCUGAUAAUAAAAAUGGCAGAGGAUUGCUUGUAACACCACUUGCUUAUGUUCGAGAUUGCAGUCGCAUAGAUGAUGCAACUGUGUAUAUGUCUGACGUAAUAGGUUUUGGUUUAGUGAUAUACAAUAGAUACUUAGGCUUCUGCAGAAUUGAAUCUGAUUUCAUGAAACCAACUCAUCCCAAUUUUACCAUAGAAAACGAGAGUUUUUAUUUGGAAGACGGUAUUCUUGGUUUAGCAACCAUUCAUGAAAAUUUAUUUUACGCUCCUUUAGCAGGGAAUAGAAUAUUCAAGAUGAAUAAGCAUACUCUAAGAAAAUGUUCAAAACUAAGCAAUAGUGAGGCUAAUAGAUUAACUAAAGUGGCGAAUAUAUUAUCUGGCCAAACGGGACCGAUAGCAUCCUACGGUAAUGUAAUAUUUUUUAGCAAUAUCCCGGAAACGUCUAUUCUUUGUGCGGACACUACUAAGAAAUUCGAUCCUUCCAGCAGUGUGGUCAUUGCACAAAAUUCUGAAAAAUUGCAAUUUCCGGGUGGACUAAAAGUUAUAAGACAUAAAGAGAGGAAAGUUAGAGAGCAUAAGGAAGGAAAAAUACUAAUCGCAACAAACAGACUUCAAUGUGUCUUUAAUAAUAAUUUAAACCUAAACGAGAUAAACUUCCGCAUACUCCAGUUAAAUAUCAUGAAAAUAAAAAACGAGAGAAAAUGUUUUGAUUCCAAUCACCACGGCCAUUAA